AUGGAUCACUUUCCAACAAACUGGGGUCGACCUCGUAACGAUGCCAUUGACGCGUAUGGAACAUAUCCUAUCCACUCGCGGCCAAAAAACGACCAAGAUGCAUUUUCGGCGGGUGUACAGCGAACACAGCAGCCAAUCGUAACGGGAACGAGUGUUUUGGCUAUCAAGUAUAAAGAUGGUAUCAUGAUGGCAGCAGACAACCUUGCGUCGUACGGAUCCCUGGCCCGUUUCAAGGACGUGCGACGUCUUCACCCUGUUGGAGAUCACACUGUCAUCGGUGCUGGAGGGGACAUGUCCGAUUUCCAAUACCUGCAAACCAUUCUCGACGAACUCACCAUCUCCGAAUUUACCGCUCAAGAUGGUCAUAGCCUUGGACCUGCAGAAAUCCAUGAAUACCUCGCCCAAGUGAUGUACGCCCGACGAUCAAAGAUGAACCCGCUGUGGAAUUCAAUCCUCGUGGGAGGCGUCAAGGAUGGAAAGAAAUUCCUUUCUUAUGUUGACCUUUUGGGCACCACCUAUUCCGCUUCCACACUCGCAACCGGUUACGGUGGUCAUAUCGCCCAACCUUUACUCCGUGAAGCUGUUGAAGGACGCGAGGAUACUUUGACGGAGGAGCAAGCUCUUGCUAUCAUCGAGAACAGCAUGAGGGUUCUCUUCUACCGCGACGCUCGUAGCUUGAACAAGUAUCAAGUGGCCACCAUUACGGCCGCAGGAGUCUCUAUCUCGGAAUCAAAGCAUCUUGAGACUUCUUGGUCGUUUGCCGAAGGUAUCAGAGGAUAUGGAGCUCAGACACAGUGA